AUGAAGCACAAGAGCGAGGUGGCCGCAAGGCUUAGCGAGUUCAAGGCUUUCUAUGAGAAUCAAUGGGGCAAGCACUUGAAGUGUAUACGGUCGGAUAACGGGACGGAGUUUGUCAACAAGAAGAUUGCCCAUAUAUGCGCCCGUAAUGGUAUCAUGCACCAGCGGACAGUACCAUAUAGUCCGCAACAGAACGGUGUAGCGGAACGCAUGAAUCGCACGAUUGUGGAGAAGGCAAGGAGCAUGCUGUACUACAAGGGUAUCGACAUGCAGUGGUGGGCAGAGGCGGUCAGUACGGCUGUGUACUUGAUCAACAGAUCCACAAACUCUGCAAAUUCGGACGUAACACCGUUCGAGGUUGGUUUCAAGAUGAAGCCGAGUAUUGAGCAUUUGCGUGUGUUUGGAUCGCAAGGGUAUGCUCACAUUGACGACGCCAAGAGGACGAAGCUCGAACCAAAGAGUUACCGGUGUAUGUUCCUCGGAUAUGCGGAGAACACCAAGGGAUACAGGGUGUUCAAUCUGGAAAGGUCGAAGGUUGUCAUAUCGCGCUCCGUAAAGCUGGACGAGCGGGAAGUUGAAGGCAUAUACGACACGGUGGUACCAGAUAAAGUACCAGUCGUCAAGUAUAUUAGGGACACUGAUGAAGCAGUGAUUCCGGUGGUUCGUCCGUAUGAUGGAGACGAGACGAUGGAAGAUGUCGAAGAAAGCGCUCCUGAUGUCGAGAUGGACGAGAUAGAAUCGGCUCCAUUUGAAACAGGUAUCAUCAUACCUCAAGUACUCGAUCCAGAAACUCAAGAACCAAGAGGCGAUGAGAUAACGGGAUAUCAAGCUCCGAGACAAGCUUUUCAGGAGGACAGGUUGGUAUUUCAGCCGGAGAUAAAUCGGACAAGACGCUCACGAGACAGAAUGCUGCUGCUUGAGAAUGGGAAUAGCAGUGAAGACACGUCAGAAGGUAGCGAUGGACCACCUUCUCCAAAGCGUGCAAGAAUUGAUGACGAAGGUCUCAUUGCAGAGGCUGUAUUAGCCUAUGCUGCAAGCGUUGGCGAGGCGGACGACGCUCCAUCCACAUACAGCCAAGCGUUAUAA